CGCUUCCGGGGCAGCCUGAGGUGCGGGGAGGUUCCGAAUGGGUCGCAGCCGCAGCCGCUCCCCGCGGAGGGAGCGCAGGCGGUCCCGGUCCGCGUCCCGCGAGCGAGAGCGCCGGCGCCGAGAGCGGUCCCGGUCCCGGGACAGAGACCGGCGGAGGAGCCGCUCGCGGUCGCCGCACAGACGACGCUCCAGAUCCCCAAGACGACAUAGAUCCACAUCUCCUUCCCCUUCUCGACUCAAAGAAAGAAGAGAUGAGGAAAAGAAAGAAACAAAAGAAACAAAAAGCAAAGAACGUCAGAUUACUGAGGAGGACUUAGAGGGCAAAACAGAGGAAGAAAUAGAAAUGAUGAAGUUAAUGGGAUUUGCCUCUUUUGACUCCACAAAAGGGAAAAAGGUGGAUGGCUCUGUAAAUGCCUAUGCCAUAAAUGUGUCUCAGAAGAGGAAGUACAGGCAGUACAUGAAUCGAAAAGGCGGAUUCAACAGACCUUUGGAUUUCAUUGCAUGAGAAUUGAAAUGAUUUUUCUUUUCCCCUACCUUGUUCAGAAGAGUGGAUUUUGUAUUUCAUAUUUAAUAUGCAUAAAAAACAGGAUCACAGUCCUCCCUCCUUGUAAAGUAAGAAAAUUUUAUUUAUGUGUGCAGUUCACUUACCUUGACUCAAAAAAAAAAAAGAAGAUUAAAUAUUGCAUUUUUUUCUUUUAAGAAAUAUCAUUUGGGGCAAUCAUCAGCCCCAUUUUUUGUUCUUACUGUUGUGGAAGCUGUAUAUGUUUUCUUCUUGGAUGCUUGUUAGGACUUUUUAAAACAUAAAAGUAAUUUGGUUGUAAGUUUCUCAAAUAAAGCAAUAUUUCUACCCUUU